AUGGUUUACCAACUGACUUGCACCGUUAUUUCUUUGUUUCUCAAUUCAAUUCUCAUAUGUCUGAUCUGGAACAAGUCACCCGCGCAAACAGGAAAAUAUCGAUGGCUCAUGAUGUACACUGCAUGCUUUGAAAUAUUUUGGGGAAUAUACGAUUUGCCUGCAGAAAUUAUAGCUCACUCCGUUGGUAGUGCAUUCAUUGUCUUCCGUAUAAACCAUCCCGACUCGAUUCUAAAUUCCGAGCUGUCUUCAUGGGUGGUUCUGAUAUACACUGCAAUAUUCGGUGCAUCGAUGGCUCUAUUUGCAUCUCACUUUGUCUAUCGUUACGGAUCAAUUGAAAUCUCGUUUGGCAAAAAGUUCACUUCUGAUUGGAAACUCGGUAUUAUUCUGAUAUUCCCUGUAGUGUAUGCCAUCUGGUGGGCGGCAACUGUACGAUUCUGCUUUUGGCCCAAUGAAGAUUUGAGGGAGUAUACCAGGGAAUUGAUUAUGACUACAGUCGGACAAGACAUUGAGAAUAUUAGCUAUGUUGGAACACGAUUUUAUAUUGAUUCGGUGAAUGGAACAAAACAUUUCAAUAUAACCGCUUGGAUUGGAGUUUGUCAAAUGUUUUUCAUGGUGGGAUCUUCCAUGGGAUGUGUAUUUGGAUUUGGAUUCAUGUGCUAUUUACGUCUUUCAAAUCAGAUUUCAAUGGUCUCGAUGGCUGUCAACAAUCUCCAAAAGCAACUUUUCUAUUCACUUGUUCUUCAAACUCUUAUUCCAUUUGUUCUCAUGCACAUUCCAAUUACAAUUUAUUAUCUUUGUCCCAUGCUCGACAUGGAUUUGGAUUUUGCUAGUGUCUUCGUAGCAUCUACAAUAACCUUAUACCCGGCUGUCGACCCACUGCCAAGUUUUUUCGUAAUUAAAAGUUAUCGAGAAGCAAUUCUGAAAUUUUUUCGGAAAAUCAAUGUAGCUUCCAAGAAUACAAUGGUUGUAACAUUUACAAUGAAUAGCGUUCGAAAUGAAUCAAACGUUGGCCACACACCUGCUAUAUUUUGA